AUGCUUGGGAACGAAACCCCCACGGUCCUCAGGCCAGUCUCGUCUCCGGAGACUGAGCAAUAUGAGGUGGUUGGGCCGUGCUACUUGCAAGGCUUUAUGUUUGGCGAAGGCUUCUUGGGUCCCAUCCCGGAAGGGUUGCGGCCUGUUGCGCAUUACGAAGAUGGACAUGGAACACCGGCGCACUUUGAAUUCCUCGAUACCAUAUCGGGUGAGAGUUUUCCGCAGGACCUUCGUUUGGACGCGUUCCUCGACCCUGAUCAAGCGUGGGCAUGGCAAACAGAAGAGGUGCGGAACUGCAGAACGAAGGUUGAAGUCCUGCGAUCCUUCGGGCUGGAUAUGCAGUACUUCGACCUCUUCUAA